AUGUUGACAGGGCAAGCAACCUCCCGGCCUGGAAGUCUUUCACAGGGACUAUCUCCUAUUACACGAGCCGUUUACGAAAAAGUCGGAGGCUACUUCAAGGCAACCAAGCCCAACGUUGUGAACCCUCAAGUUGUUGUUAACGGCAACAAGAACCGGGGCGUCUCGAAGGACAUGGCGAUACACCCAAGCAGUAUCGGAAACCACUCAGCUCGCACAGACAACUACGAGGCACCUCAGCCACCUCAGUCCAGAACAGACCCCUCGGAUUAUGUUGACGCAACUGCCACUUCUCAGCCUCAAGUCGAGCUCGAAACUUCAGUGCAACAAGCGCCCACAGCGUUACCUGCCAGCCCGGACGGCCAUCUGACAGCUGUUUCUGUAUCCUUUGAGCAAACUGCCUAA